UUAAUAUAUUCACAACACAGUUUUGAAUUACAAUCGACGACUUCAACAAUUUACAAUCAAUCCGUACCGUACCGCAAUGAGAAGACACUGUAGAUAUGUGGCGCGACGAUUGAGUUUAGAGAGUCAAGAUUUUAGUCUUAUUGCGUAUAAACAAUGAGAAAAUAUUUGGUUAUAUUAGCGCUCUCGUGUUUAAUGGUGACCACAUCCAUUUUGAUUAUGAAAAGACUAAAUAAUACACGUAUAUACACACACGUUGGGGAAGAUUUUACAGAGCUAAACACAAAUGUUCAAUCAAAGAUAGAAACGUUUGUGCUGUUCGUUGGUUACCCAAGAAGUGGUACGACAAUCAUGGCGGCACUACUUGAUGCACAUCCUCAUAUUAUCAUUUCAAACGAAUUGAAUGUGUUUCAGCGAUGGACAGAGUGGACAAAUGAAAUGAAAACACGAUCUCAUCUCAUCAACGAACUCUAUAAAAAUAGUUACUUUCAAACACAGGGCUCAGGUUAUCGGUCGCCUACCAAGUCACAUGGUCGAAAGUUUGCAGUCCCCCAUCAGUGGCAAGGAACUUUUAAACAUAUUAUCAAGGUCAUCGGAGAUAAAAAAAGUGGAAAAAAUUCAAAGAUUUUCUGGGAAACACCACAACUUGUAAAGGAAGUUUUACAAGAAGUCAAUCUUCCAAUGAAAAUCAUUCACAUGGUGCGAAAUCCAUUUGACAACAUUGCCACGAUGACAAUGAGAAGUUUGAAGAUAAACCCAUACCAUGUUAAAACUAAGGUGAAUGACACUAAAGCAUUGGAGAGGAAUAUCAAUUUAUAUUUAAAUAGUGUUCGACGUAACGUAUUGACGAUAAAGAAACAUGGCUCCAGUGUUAUAACUGUUCACAGCGAAGAUGUUAUACAUCAACCUCAUAAUACACUUCUCAAUUUAUGUAAGUUCUUACAAGUGUCUUGUAGCGAGGAUUAUCUUCAUGACUGCGCGAGUGUUUUGUAUAAGAGCACGUCAAAAACAAGAGAAAAAGUUAUAUGGACAGAAACUCAAAAACUCAUAGUACAAGAUGCUAUACGCCGCGUGCAAUUUUUGAGUGGAUACACAAUUGAAUCAUAAACUGUUCUUUCGUGACACUUUGCCGACCAUACAAACUCGAGUAAGUGAUACAGAUUUAAAAUUUUUUUCAAUAAAAUGGCAAGCGAGUCUUAA